GUGCCCGGAGCGUUGCGGGCUCUGCCGUCUAAAACGUUGCGGAGCGUUGCGGGAUGUGGCGGGCGCUGCGGGGCCGCGGGCAGAGAUGCCUGCACCAUGCAGCCAUCCAGGUGACCAACGAGCCCAUCCUUGAGUUCAAGCCCGGCAGCCCCGAGCGAGCAGCUCUCCAGAAGGCACUUGCUGAGCUGAAGGGCCGGACUGAAGCCAUCCCCUGUGUGGUUGGUGGGGAGGAGGUGUGGACGUCGGCGGUGCGGUACCAACUGUCGCCGUUCAACCAUGCGCAUAAAGUGGCCAAGUUCUGUUAUGCUGACAAGGACCUCAUUAACAAAGCCAUUAAUGCCGCCAUGGCUGCCAGGAAGGAGUGGGACUUGAAACCUAUCCAGGACAGGGCUCAGAUUUUCCUUAAAGCAGCUGACAUGCUGAGCGGCCCACGGCGUGCUGAGGUGCUGGCCAAGACCAUGGUGGGGCAGGGCAAAACCGUCAUCCAGGCGGAAAUCGACGCGGCGGCGGAGCUGAUCGACUUCUUCCGCUUCAACGCCAAGUUUGCACUGGAGCUGCAGGGCAGCCAGCCGCUCAGCGUGGAGCCCAGCACCAACAGCAUGGUGUACCGGGGUCUGGAGGGUUUUGUGGCGGCUGUUUCUCCCUUCAACUUCACAGCCAUCGGUGGCAACCUGGCAGGCGCCCCAGCUUUGAUGGGAAACGUGGUGUUGUGGAAGCCCAGUGACACGGCCCUGCUUUCCAGCUACGCCGUCUACAAAAUCCUGCUGGAAGCUGGGCUCCCUCCCAAUGUCAUCCAGUUCGUGCCAGCAGAUGGACCUGUGUUUGGUGAUGCUGUCACCAGCUCUGAGCACUUCUGUGGGCUCAACUUCACUGGCAGCGUGCCGACUUUCAAGCGCCUCUGGAAGCAAGCAUCCGAAAACUUGGACCGCUACCGCAACUUCCCACGCCUGGCUGGAGAGUGUGGGGGUAAGAACUUCCACCUGGUGCACAGCUCGGCCGACGUGUCCAGCGUGGUGAACGGCACCCUGCGCUCCGCCUUCGAGUACGGCGGCCAGAAAUGCUCGGCGUGCUCCCGCCUCUACGCCCCGCGUUCGCUGUGGCCCCAGAUCAAAGCCAAGCUGCUGGAGGAGACCAAGAAGAUCAAAGUGGGAGACCCUGUCCAGGACUUUGGGACCUUUUUCUCAGCAGUGAUUGAUGACAAGUCUUUUGCACGUAUAAAGAAGUGGCUGGAACACGCCAAGACGUCCCCCAACCUCAGCAUCUUGGCUGGGGGUGGCUGUGAUGACAGCGUUGGGUACUUCGUUGAGCCGUGCAUCGUGGAGAGCCAGGACCCAACAGACCCCAUCAUGAAGGAGGAAAUUUUUGGGCCCAUCCUCACCGUUUACGUGUACCCCGAGGAGAGGUACCAGGAGGUGUUGGAGCUGAUCGACACCACAACACCGUAUGGCCUCACGGGGGCGGUGUUCGCCCAGGAGAGGAGCAUAAUUGAGGAAGCCCGGAGCCGUCUACGCAACGCAGCCGGCAACUUCUACAUCAAUGACAAGUCAACGGGCGCCGUUGUGUCCCAGCAACCCUUUGGGGGCUCCCGCAUCUCAGGAACCAACGACAAGCCUGGUGGCCCCCACUACAUCCUACGCUGGACAUCUCCCCAGGCCAUCAAGGAAACCCACGUGCCUCUGUCAGACUGGCGCUACGCCUACAUGCAGUGAUGCCUUCCCCCAACCCGUGCCCUACUACUGAUGCUCGACGCACACCGUGGCUUCCUGCCACAGCCUUGAAAGCACUUCAAUCAACAGCUCUUUAGCAAAAGUUUUAUUUUUAGGGGGUGAUUCUUUUUAUUAAGUUAACUCACACGAAAACAGUGUUUAAAAAAAAAAAAAAAAAAAGGACUCAUUUAGCUGCAGCAAAUCCACAGAGCGCCGUGGCCUUUGGGAAUCGAUUCCUCUGCUCUGUGCUCUAAGAGGGCAGUGCCCCAUGCAGGAGUAACACUUCUUCCACCACCUAAGGGCUUUUCCAUUGCAUAUCACAAGAGCUAACAGCACUGUGCCUCUUCAGAGGGCUUUGAGCUCACCAAGGGAUGCUGGAUCCAGUUUCCCUUUACCCUUCUGAUGAGUGUCCGAUGUCCUCAAAGCAUCCUUUUAUGCAUGGACAGAGCCUUGCACAGCAAAGUGAAUGGAAUUGAGGGACUUACCAGGAAGUUUGGUUUAAGCCAGUGUGAGAUGCAGUGGGAGCCUUGAGCCUUAUCUUUUCUUUGCUUCUGAGCAACGUCUGCAGAAGGCACAUUUUGCCAAGAGAGGGCAGCUGCGAGCUCGGUGCUGCUUAGAAAUUAUCCAAAGUGCCUUAUUCCACUGCAGAAGGCACUUCCAAGGCUGCAUCCCUCCCGUGGGCUCAACAGCUCCGACGUGGUCCCCAAGUUUCCUUACCCAUGGGGAUGCCCAGCUGUCCCCACGUGUCCCAUCGUUGAUCCUUGGACGUCAACUGGAAGAAGUGGAGAGGUUUUCUAGAACCCUCAGUGCCAUUCUGCACAAGUGGCUGCAGCAUCCCUCACCCCAAAGGCUAUCAGGAUUUACAGAUAGUGUGGCUAACCCUGUUACAGCUGCUGCAAUAAGCACUGAAGUAUCAAUCUUGUCCAUGCCUGGGCAGGUAUUCAGCACGCAGGUGAAGAAUGAGUUGCACUAACACCUGCAAAUCCAGGCUUAAGUGAUGAAAAUCGCAAUAAAAUGCAUUGCAAAAA